UAACGCGUGUUUCCGAUUUGAUUUGGUAUGAAUGCACAUCACGUGUACAGCGGCAUGCGGUAUUGCUUCUGCGUUUGCGCGCUGCUUUGCGCGCUUUGCCUGUCUUGCCAAAACCCACAGCCUGCGCCGCGCCUUUCCAGAAAUUCCAACGAGACUUCAACAUUUGGUUGUGAUCAUUCUUGUCUCGUACUACGUCCAUCCAUCAACCAAAUUCACAUACAUACCUGAAGAUGGCAAAGCGCACAGUCAAGGCCGGUAUCACCGGUAAAUACGGUACCCGUUAUGGUUCUUCCCUUCGUCGUCAAAUCAAAAAGAUUGAAGUUUCCCAACACAGCCGUUACACCUGCACUUUCUGCGGAAAAGACACAGUCAAACGUCAAGCUGUCGGUAUUUGGGAAUGCAAAUCAUGCAAAAAGGUUAUCGCUGGAGGAGCAUGGACUGUUAGCACAACUGCUGCCGCCACUGUUCGCAGCACAAUCCGUCGUUUGCGUGAAAUGACUGAAGCAUAAAGUGGUUCACUUUUUCGACAAUUCUCGCCAACACCACCUUUUGCAUACUUUUUUGUUACACUAGCAAUGUUCUGAUUGCAAACGCUUUCUGAACAUACCAUUUUACAUCACACAAAAAUUCAGACAAUUUCUCUGUUCUCAGACAUUGGGUGUGUUGCAGGCAUGCAAGAUGAUGUCUAUUAUAUGAAACGAACAGCAAUACAAAGUGAGAUUAACGUGGUAGUGCAGAAUAGGCUCCGCUACGAUCGACAACUGAGCCAGGUAAACGUCUUCCUGUCAUGCGUAGGAUGAAUCGGUCUACUGCCAUUUCAAUCGCGCCAGGACCGCCUGCUUUGUGAAUGAGAUAAGAGAUGAUGAAUAAAACGGCAAAGAAUCCAAACAGAAAUGAAACUGUCGAGAUUUGACUUCCUU